CCUCACAGAACUACUCUCCUCAAAUGAGCUAUGACCACUCCAAAUCCAGCGGCCCACCUGUUCCUGGCCCAAUGGGUCCUAUGGGUCCCCGUGGUCCCCCUGGACCUCCCGGCUCCUCUGGUCCUCAGGGUUUCACUGGACCCCCUGGAGAGCCCGGUGAGCCCGGAGCUGCUGGUCCCAUGGGCUCCCGCGGUCCUUCAGGCCCCCCUGGAAAGAACGGAGAUGAUGGUGAGCCCGGCAAAGCUGGACGCCCCGGUGAGCGUGGAGCUGCUGGCCCUCAGGGUGCCCGCGGAUUCCCCGGAACCCCUGGACUCCCCGGCAUCAAGGGACACAGAGGUUUCAGCGGUCUUGAUGGAGCCAAGGGAGACUCUGGACCCGCUGGCCCCAAGGGAGAGCCUGGUACCUCCGGUGAGAACGGUCUGCCCGGCGCCAUGGGCGCUCGUGGUCUUCCUGGUGAGAGAGGCCGCCCUGGACCUCCUGGCCCCUCUGGUGCUCGUGGUAAUGAUGGCAACAGUGGUCCUGCUGGUCCUCCCGGACCUACCGGAUCUGCUGGCCCCCCUGGAUUCCCCGGUGGUGCUGGUGCUAAGGGAGAGACUGGACCUCAGGGAGGACGUGGAUCCGAGGGACCCCAGGGAGCCCGUGGUGAGCCUGGUAACCCCGGACCUGCUGGACCCGCCGGACCUGCUGGCAACCCUGGUACUGAUGGUGCCCCUGGCGCUAAGGGUGCUCCUGGUGCUGCUGGUAUUGCUGGUGCUCCUGGUUUCCCCGGCUCUCGUGGUCCUGCUGGAGCUCAGGGAGCUGUUGGUGCUCCUGGUCCCAAGGGUAACAGUGGUGAUCACGGAGCCCCCGGACCUAAGGGAGAGCCUGGUGCCAAGGGAGAGCCUGGCCCCGCUGGAGUGCAGGGACUUCCCGGCCCCUCUGGUGAGGAAGGCAAGAGAGGACCUCGUGGAGAGCCCGGUGGUGCUGGACCCCGUGGACCCCCUGGAGAGCGUGGUGCCCCUGGUGCUCGUGGUUUCCCUGGUGCUGAUGGAGGUGCUGGUGGCAAGGGUGCCCCUGGUGAGCGUGGUUCCCCCGGCCCAGCUGGAGCUCAGGGAGCUACUGGCGAGUCUGGAAGCUCUGGUGCUCCUGGCGCUCCCGGAUCCAAGGGUGUGACUGGUAGCCCUGGAAGCCCUGGCCCCGACGGCAAAGCUGGACCUGCUGGUGCUCCUGGACAAGAUGGCCGCCCUGGACCUGCUGGCCCCGCUGGAGCCAGAGGACAGCCUGGAGUUAUGGGAUUCCCCGGACCCAAGGGAGCCGCUGGUGAGUCUGGCAAGCCCGGAGAGAGAGGUGCCUCUGGUCCCGCUGGCGCUGUUGGUGCCCCUGGCAAAGAUGGUGAUGUUGGUGCUCCUGGACCUUCUGGUGCUGCUGGACCUGCUGGAGAGAAGGGAGAGCAGGGACCAGCUGGUCCUCCCGGAUUCCAGGGUCUUCCCGGACCCCAAGGUUCUACUGGUGAGACUGGCAAGCCUGGUGAGCAGGGUUCUCCUGGUGAGGCAGGACCUCCUGGCCCAUCUGGACCAAGAGGCGACAGAGGAUUCCCCGGUGAGCGCGGUGCUCCUGGCGCUGGAGGCCCCACUGGACCCCGUGGUGCUACUGGCCCCGCUGGAAACGAUGGACCUAAGGGAGAGCCCGGUGCCGCUGGUGCCCCUGGUGGUGUUGGAGCCCCCGGUAUGCAGGGAAUGCCCGGUGAGCGUGGAGCUUCUGGUCUCCCCGGUGCCAAGGGAGAGAGAGGUGAUGCUGGUAGCAAGGGAGGUGAUGGUGCCCCUGGCAAAGAUGGCGUGCGUGGUCUGACUGGUGCUAUUGGAGUCCCUGGACCUCCCGGUGCUCAGGGUGAGAAGGGUGAGCCCGGCUCUGUUGGAGUUGCUGGACCCACUGGACCUCGUGGUGCCCCUGGUGAGCGCGGAGAGACUGGACCUUCCGGACCUGCUGGAUUUGCUGGACCUCCUGGUGCUGAUGGUCAGCCUGGUGCUAAGGGAGAGACUGGUGACACUGGACCCAAGGGAGACGCUGGUGCUCCUGGACCUUCUGGACCCGUUGGAUCUUCUGGACCUCAGGGACCCGCUGGUCCUCCUGGACCCAAAGGUGCUCGUGGUGGUGCUGGAUCUCCUGGUGCUACUGGUUUCCCCGGACCUGCUGGUAGAGUCGGACCCCCUGGCCCCUCCGGAGCCUCUGGACCUCCUGGACCCCUCGGACCUGUUGGCAAAGAUGGACAGAGAGGAGCUCGUGGUGAGACUGGCCCUGCUGGUCGCCCUGGUGAGGCUGGUGCUGUUGGAUCCCCCGGACCUGGUGGAGAGAAGGGAUCUCCCGGCUCUGAUGGUGCUCCUGGUGCCCCAGGUAUCCCCGGACCCCAGGGUAUUGCUGGACAGCGUGGUAUUGUAGGUCUCCCUGGACAGCGUGGAGAGCGUGGUUUUUCUGGUCUGCCCGGACCUUCUGGUGAGCCUGGAAAGCAGGGACCCUCUGGACUUGUUGGUGAGCGUGGAGCCCCUGGACCUGCUGGACCCCCCGGACUGUCUGGUCCACCUGGAGAGGCUGGUCGUGAGGGAUCUGCCGGUCAUGAUGGUGCACCUGGUCGCGAUGGAUCUCCUGGCCCCAAGGGAGACCGCGGUGAAUCUGGUUUGGCUGGACCCCCUGGACCUCCUGGCACUCCUGGACAUCCCGGAGCUGUUGGCCCCUCUGGCAAGACUGGUGACCGUGGAGAGACUGGCCCCGCUGGUCCUGCCGGUCCUUCUGGCCCUGCUGGUGUCCGUGGACCUGCUGGCCCUGCUGGCGCCAAGGGAGACAGAGGAGAGGCUGGUGAGGCUGGAGAGAGAGGACACAAGGGACACAGAGGAUUCACUGGCAUGCAGGGUCUGCCCGGACCUGCUGGAUCUCAUGGAGAGAGAGGACCCGCCGGUGCUUCUGGACCUGCUGGACCUAGAGGACCUGCUGGAUCUAGCGGCGCCCCUGGUAAGGAUGGCAUGAACGGUCUGCCCGGACCCAUCGGACCCCCUGGACCUCGUGGUCGCAGUGGAGAGAUGGGACCUGCUGGUCCCCCUGGACCUCCCGGACCCGCUGGACCUCCCGGACCUCCCGGCAGCGGCUUUGACUUCGUCAGCCAGCCCAUCCAGGAGAAGGCCCCCGAUCCCCUGCGUGGAGGACACUACCGUGCUGACGACCCUAAUGCCGUGCGCGAUCGCGACAUGGAGGUUGACACCACCCUGAAGACCCUGACCCAGAGAGUGGAGAAUAUCCGCAGCCCCGACGGUACCCAGAAGAGCCCCGCCCGCAUGUGCCGUGACCUGAGGAUGUGCCACCCUGAGUGGAAGAGCGGCAUGUACUGGGUUGACCCCAACCAGGGAUCUCCUCUGGACGCCGUCAAGGUCUUCUGCAACAUGGAGACUGGUGAGACUUGCAUCCACCCCAGUGAGUCCAGCAUUCCCAUGAAGAAUUGGUACCGCAGCAAGAACGUCAGAGAGAAGAAGCACGUCUGGUUCAGCGAGUCCAUGACUGGUGGAUUCCAGUUCCAGUAUGGCACCGAUGGAGCUGAUUCCGAGGAUGUCAGCAUCCAGAUGACCUUCAUGCGCCUGAUGUCCAACCAGGCCUCUCAGAACGUCACAUACCACUGCAAGAACAGCAUCGCCUACAUGGACUCCGCCACCGGCAACCUGAAGAAGGCUCUGCUUCUCCAGGGCUCCAACGACGUCGAGAUCAGAGCCGAGGGCAACAGCCGCUUCACAUACAGCGUCAGUGAGGAUGGCUGCACGUCACACACUGGCACAUGGGGCAAGACAGUCAUCGACUACAAGACAACAAAAACAUCCCGCCUGCCCAUCAUUGACAUUGCUCCUAUGGAUGUUGGUGCCCCUGAUCAGGAAUUUGGCGUCGAAGUUGGCCCCGUUUGCUUCUUGUAAAAAUGAAAGAAAUAUGGACAUGACAUUGUUGUUUUUUUUUCUAGCAGUCAUCUCUAAAUCUUUUUUUCUAUGCAUUCAAAACUCAUUCGGCUGCCAUUGGUCCACAUGCUUAAAACCACUCUACUGAAGACGGUGUUUUUUUUUCAAUCAUGAGAAGUCUCUGGGACUGCUACUUCAAACCCCGAAAAACCACCCGCAAGGACACUUUAAAAAGAAUCUUUUGUUUCCACUGGCAACAAGAAAAUAAUAUAUACUUGUGUAAAAUUUCCCCCUGGAGAUUGAGAAAAAAAAAAAAAAAGAAAGAAAGAUCUGCACAUGCAAUGAAACACAGGUGACUUUUGCCAUUUUCUACCACUGCAGAAGGACAUUGAAAACAACAAGAGAUAUGUACCAUUUUUCUGGUGUUAAAUAAAUUGUAAAAAGUGUGAAGUGUCUUCUUGGUCUAAAUUCACACCUGAACAUCGGUCAGACAGAGCAAAGACCAGCGAAUGAGCAGGACAAAGAAGCUCACCUUCAUUGCAAUAUCUAGAUGGCUACCUCAUAACAAGAAGUCACAACCAUUUUUUUUUCUCAAAUGAAAAGGGUACAUUAUACACAACAACAAGUCGAUUGGGGGAAAAUUAAAAACAUUCCAAGGUGCUAUUACCAACUCAAUGAGGUCCUGUCAUACUGUACUUAUUGCCACUCAUGCCUGCAGAACCUUUGGUGCUACUAAAUUGACUCUUGUUGUCUGUGCAGUGCAAUUGUUUUCUUCUUAAGUGUUGGUUUUGAUAACAGAGGUCCUCUGAAAAGGUGAUCACUGCAGAUGUUAAUGCAUGCAAUCAUGUCUUUGUAGAUAAAAACAAGUGACUCUGGUUUCAGUUCAGUAUUGAUCCUUCUGUCUGUUUGCCUCCCCUGCCCCCCUUCCCUCCUGUGGAAAACUCCUCUUCACUAAAAAAAGAAAAAGAAAGAAAUAACAGCACACAUCUCCCAUCCUGUUGUCUAUGUUGUUUUGUUGUUGAAGAGUUUCUUAAAAAAGAAUUUGAAGCAGACCCACUUUCAUGGUUUAAAAGAGAGAUUCUGUACUUAUUUUGUACAUGUAUAAUAAAUCAAGAUGUUUUUAAUUAUUUUGGGUGCUGAAAUAAAGCAUGUGAAGUGGUCUACUCA